CUCCGGGCUGCUUGUUCAUUGUACUGAGUCAGCGGCCAUACGCAAAUGGAUCCAGAGGAGGGCUGUGCUGUGUAGGCUGCACUCUACAUAAGCUCUCAACCUGCGGGACUGCGCGCACAUACUGCCGACUGGAGAUCGCAGGUAGCAUCUGGGGGCUUGACUUACACAUCAGAGGCUCUGAUUUGUGCUUAUUUUCACAAGGACAAGCAUAAAUCCAGGAUUGUCUGACGAGAUCUUUCAUACAUCCUCCGUUCCUGAUCUGCCCAUCGGGUGCAUAGAGCAGUACAAUGCGGCGGCUGUGCUGUUGACUAAUUGGACACCCCCUCCACCUUUUUUUUCUUCUUUUAUUUUGCUUUUUUUGCCGGUUCUUACUCAAGGAGGCACAUUUCCAAAUCAAUGAUGAAGCUCAAACCAAACCAGACCAGGACAUACGAUGGCGACGGUUUCAAGAAGAGAGCGGCAUGUCUGUGUUUCAAGAAUGAACGCGAAGAAGAGGUUCUGCUGGUCAGCAGCAGUCGGCAUCCAGACCAAUGGAUCGUCCCCGGAGGAGGGAUGGAGCCAGAGGAGGAGCCAUGUGGCGCAGCAGUGCGAGAAGUGUUUGAGGAGGUAAAUAAAUCUGUGCCCUGACUUUGUUUUAAUGUUACCGUAUAUAAGUCAAGUUUGAAAUCUAUAAAGUGAAAUAGGUUUGAAGUCUAUAGGUAAGGGUGAGA